AGAGAUUCAAGACGUAGAAGAAGAAGACAAACGUGAACGUCUUUAAAUUAUGAAACCUCUUUCUUAAAGUUCUCAAGAGGUGCUCAACAAUGGCGGAUCAAUCUCUUCUACACUCUCCGAUCAACCCACAUUUCUUUCAGCCUAUUCUUACAGAAUCUCGCACUCACCUCAACAUUCCUGUAGCUUUCUUCUCGAAGCAUGUUGAAGGAAGAAACAACCAAAACAAGACUGUGACGCUAAGAUCAGACGCGUCGGAUAAAACUUGGUUAGUGAAGAUGGACGGUCUAAAACUAACCGACGGAUGGGAAGAUUUUGCCUUUGCACAUGAUCUUCGAACUGGUGACAUCGUCGUUUUCAGACUUGAAGGAGAAAUGGUGUUUCAUGUCACAGCUUUAGGACCAAGCUGUUGCGAGAUUCAAUAUCAUACAUCAUCUCACAAUAUCAAUGAUGAUGAUCGUAAUGAUCAGAUCAACAUUGCUUCAAGAAACAGUUCAAGAGUGAAGAAGAAUCCACGAAAGAAAGUAGAGUCUUCUUUAGACCAUUCUCGUUUUGUGGCAAAAGUCUCAGCUUGGUGCCUAAGCAAUGAUAGACUGUAUAUACCACUAAGUUUCGCCAGGUUAAACGGUCUGAACAAAAUCAACAGUAAGAAAAUCUAUCUUCAGAACGAAGAAGGAAGAUCAUGGAAGUUAGUUUUGAGACAUGACAAAUCAGGCAUGCAAACUUUUGUCCAAUCCGGUUGGAGAAGAUUCUGCUCUGAAAAUGGGAUUAGGCAAGGUCAAUAUACAUUCAAACUUGUCCGAAAAUCAGCACCACCUGUCAUCCGUUUGUGCCGCGCAAAAGCUAAACCAAAACAAAGAUCAGUUGCAGAAUAUUCAUCAGACCAUUCUUGUUUUGAGGGAUCUGUCACUCCUUCAAGCCUAAGAAAUGAUCUACUGUAUCUUCCAAGGAGCUUUGUGAACUCAAAUCGUCUGGACAAAAGAUGCAGUGAGAUAGUUUUAAAGAAUGAACAGGGAGUAAAAUGGCCUUUAGUUUUGAAACGUUUCAAAUCAGUCACUUAUCUCCCAAAAGGCUGGACUAGUUUCUGUCAAGUAAACAGGAUCAAAGCAGGAGAUUCAUUCAAGUUUAAACUGGUUGGAACCUGGAAAAAACCUGUUCUUUCUUUGUGUCCGACACAAUCCAACAAUCACAAAACUCCAUUAGAGUGUUCAGAAGGUAACAAAUCCGAAGAAAGUGAAGAGGAUUGCUUGGAGGUAAAGAAAAAGAAGUAUUGGUCGAGAUGCAGAGCUUCUGUAGAAAACAUGGAUGAUGAUCAGACCAACAUUGGAAACAGUUCAAGAAAGAAGAGAGUGAGUAAGAAUCCAAGAGAGAAAGUAGAGUCUUCAUCAGACCAUUCUAGUUUUGUGGGAUCUGUCAAUCCUUCAAGCCUAUACAAAGAUCAACUGUAUCUUCCAAGGAAUUUUGUGAGCUCAAAUUUUCUGGACAAAAGAUGCAGUGAGAUAGUUUUAAAGAAUGAACGGGGAGAAAAAAGGACUUUAGUUUUGAAACACUUCAAAAAAGACCUUACUUUUCUCAAAAAAGGCUGGACUAGUUUCUGUCAAGUAAAUAGGAUCAAAGCUGGAGAUUCCUUCAAGUUUAAACUGGUUGGAACAUGGAACAAACCUGUUCUUUCUUUGUGCCCUACAGAAACCAACUAUCACAAAACUCCAUUAGCGUGUUCAGAGGGUAACAAAUCCGAAGAAAGUGAAGAGGAGGGUACUGAAGACAAGAAUACCUCACAAGAUUGCUUGGAGGUGAAGAAAAGGAAGUAUUGGUCAACAUGCAGAGCUUCUGCAGAGAACAUAGAUGAUGAUCAGACCAAUAUUGGAAACAGUUCAAAAGAGAAGAGAGUGAAGAAAAAUCCAGUAAAGAAAGCAGAGUCUUCAUCAGACCAUUCUAGUUUUGUGGCUAAUGUCACAGCUUCAAGCCUAAACUAUGAUCGACUGUAUUUACCACUAAGUUUCGUGAGUUCAAACGGUCUAGAUAAAAUGAACGGUAAGGAGAUCGUUCUUCUUAAUGAAGAAGGACUAUCAUGGAAGUUUAAUUUGAAGUACAACCAAGCAGGCAAGCAUACUUAUGUCAGACCUGGUUGGUCAAGAUUCUGUGAUGCAAAUGGGAUGAGCCAAGGUCAACAAUUUACAUUCAAACUGGUCCAAAAACAUGGACCACCUGUCAUGUAUUUGAGCCUCAGUGAACAUAGACCAAAGUCAGAAUCUUCAUCGCACCGUUCCUAUUUUGUAGGAUCUGUCACUGCUUCAAGCAUAAAGAAAGAUAAACUGUAUUUAUGGAAGAGUUUUGUGAGCUCUAAUGGUCUGGACAAAGGAUGCAAGAAGAUAAUUUUAAAGAAUAAAUGGGGAAGAGAAUGGAAAUUAGUCUUGAAACACUACAAAUCAAACUGCUUUACUAUUAUCAAACGAGGCUGGACCAGUUUCUGCCAAGGCAACGGUUUGAAAGCUGGAGAUUCCUUCAAGUUCAAACUGGUUGGAACCGGGGAAAAGCCUGUUCUUUCUUUGUGCCCUGCAGAAUCCAGCCAUGAAAAAAUUCCAUUAGAGUGUCCAGAAGGUAUAGAUGAUGUCAAUUCACUCUCCUCAAAUCCUAGCAGUGGAGAUGACAGUAGUAGAUCCGAAGAAAGCGAAGAGGAGAAUAUGGAAGACAAGAACAUCUCACAGGAUUGCUUGGAAACCAAGAAAAGGAAGUAUUGCUCUUCAUCGUCAUAUAGUCAAAACCGAUUUGUGACAUUAACUCUUACACGGUCCGCUUUUCAAACCUAUAAACUGUUUCUUCCGCGCGGUUUCACGCAGGUGAAUGGCAUCAACAAGCCAAGGAAGAUAACUCUGCUGGGUCAAGAUGGAGUUAAAAAGGUGGUGGAUCUCUAUCAGGAAAGUAGUAGCAGAAUAAUGAGAUUUGGAAAAGGCUGGAGAGAGUUCUUUGAUGCUCAAGGCGUGAAGAUAGACGACUCCUUUGUGUUGGAACUCAUUUGGGAGAAAGAAGCAAGUCCGGUGCUUAAGUUCUGCACCAAAGUACCAAAGUAAACUCUGCUUGAGACUGUUUCCAGAGAAGUAGCUUGUGGUGUGUCUCAACACAUUCUCUCAUUCCCUCGAUUUCUUUAGCUUUUGCAACUCUUGACUAGAUGUCUACAUAUCUGAGUCUUGUUUAAGAGUUGAAGAAAAUGUUACGACUUAACUACUUGUGUGUUGUGAACAUGUUGAGAAUUUGUAAUGUCUUCAAUUUACGCUCCAUUAUCUAGAAAUAUUUUAUUCUCCUGAUUGUGUCUGAGAUUGUCAUGUGGGUUAUGCAGG